AUUACAUCAUAUAUAACUCGAAAGUAACUUAACUUUUGCAAGUAAAGUUCAUGAAAAUCAUUUACAACAAAGGAUAUAUAAAUUAUCAUGAAGACAACAAACAAGUCGGAUAUCAAAGAUCAAGUUCGGCAAAGGCGUAGUACUUCGGACAAACCGAAAGUGUCUGAGGAGGAAUUUCGUUCAGAAAAAUAUAGCAAAACGAAACCAAGGGCUUCAAAUGGAGUGGAAACAAGUAAAUCAACGGGUUCAAUACCAAAAUAUAUUAAGAUUACCUGUUUAGUUUUUACGGUUAUUGUUAUUUUAGCAUUCACUGCAAACACGAAGGGCGUAACAGAGAAUUUUGAGUACAUAAGAAGCGUGCUUACAGGCAAAGACGACUGUUUAAGUUAUCCAUGCAUUAACGGUGGAGAGUGUGUCGAUAAGAUAGGAGGCUAUGAGUGUUCAUGUAAGGAAUGGUACACCGGGAAAAACUGCGAGACUUGUAUUCCGUGUGUAAAUCAUCAGUGUAAAAACGGAGCAUAUUGCGUUCCACAACGUGACGGAAGUUACCGCUGUUCAUGUCCACCUCACAUUGCUGGAAGAUUCUGUGAAAUUAACGAAAGAUACUGAUAAUAAAGUUCCCUCAUAUAACUGAACCGAUGAAGUAUGUGGUGUUUCUCAAUAGACAAUGGAAAUAAAAAUCCUUCAUAUUUUAUAUGCGGUAAAUUUUGUGAAAUUAUACAUAGACGCUGAGAGUGUUAAUCAUUUGAGCGUUGACAAUGACAGUGCACGCCCUUCACUUUAUGUAAGUACAAGUCCUUCGCUUUAUCUAAGUACACGUCCUCCACUUUAUUUAGCAAAUGAAUUUGUGAAAAUAGCUAUAGACAAUGAGAGUAAUUCACCUUAUUUAACUAGUGCAUUUGUGAAAUUUUCCAUUAACAAUGAAAGUUCUUCACUUUAUUUAGCUAGUGAACUUGUGAAAGUAUCUAUUGACAAUGAAAGUACUUCAUUUUAUUUAUCUAGUGAACUUGUGAAAGUAUCUAUUGACAAUAAAAGUAUUUCACUUUAUUUAGCUAGUGAACUUGUGAAAUUAUCCAUUGACAAUAAAAGUACUUCACUUUAUUUAGCUAGUGAAUUUGUGAAAUUAUCCAUUGACAAUGAAAGUACUUCACUUUAUUUAGCUAGUGAACUUGUGAAAGUAUCUAUUGACAAUGAAAGUACUUCACUUUAUUUAGCUAGUGAACUUGUGAAGUUAUCUAUUGACAAUGAAAGUACUUCACUUUAUUUAGCUAGUGAACUUGUGAAAUUAUCUAUUGACAAUGAAAGUACUUCACUUUAUUUAGCUAGUGAACUUGUGAAAGUAUCCAUUGACAAUGAAAGUACUUCACUUUAUUAAGCUAGUUAACUUGUGAUAGUAUCUAUUUGCAAUGAAAGUACUUCACUUUAUUUAGCUAGUGUAUUUAUGAAAUUAUCAAUUGACAAUGAAAGUACUUCACUUUAUUAAGCUAGUGAAUUUAUGAAAUUAUCCAUUGACAAUGAAAGUACUUCACUUUACUUAGCUAGUGUAUUUGUUUGUUAUAUUCAUUGUGAGAAUUGUAAUUUAUGAAUAUAUGUUUUGUUAAUUUGUUGAUAUUUGUAUGACGAUGUAUACGUGCACAAGUCCAAAAAAAUAAUAACAAAAAGUA